AUGUCGUUCGCCAUGCUGCGCUCGGCGCCCAGCCGCUACCUGUACCCCGAGAUCAGCAUGCUGUCCGAGGACGAGGAGAACGGCAGCGAGAGCUCGGGCUCCGACGAGAAGCCCUUCCACCUGGACGCCGAGGGCUACGCGCUGAAGGCGGGCAAGCGGCGCGGCGGGGCGAAGAAGCCGGCGCGGCUGUCGCGGGAGCCGCGGCAGCGACACACGGCGAACGCGCGGGAGCGAGACCGCACCAACAGCGUCAACACCGCCUUCACCGCGCUGCGCACCCUCAUCCCCACCGAGCCCGCCGACAGGAAGCUCUCCAAGAUCGAGACCCUGCGCCUCGCCUCCAGCUACAUCUCCCACCUGGGCAACGUGCUGCUGGUGGGCGAGGCGUGCGGCGACGGGCAGCCCUGCCACAACACCCCCAACUUCUACCCGCACGGCGGCGGCGGCGGCGGGAGCCCCCCGGCCAGGGACCCCGACAGCUCCCAGCCCAAACAGAUCUGCACUUUCUGCCUCAGCAACCAGAGGAAGCUGAGCAAAGACCGCGACAGGAAGACGGCGAUCCGGAGCUAAAACAUCGUCCGGGAGCGGCGCGGGACGAGGGACGGGGACAGCCACGCGGGAAGGAGGACGAGGGACGGGGACAGCCACGCGGGAAGGAGGACGAGGGACGGGGACAGCCACGCGGGAAGGAGGACGAGGGACAGGGACAGCCACGCGGGAAGGAGGACGAGGGACAGGGACAGCCACACGCACCGACCCGGAGCGCUCCCGCCCCUCUCCCGCGGCCGGGAAAGGAGCCAGCCCGGGGCUCCCCGGCCCCCAGGGUGACCACGGACAGGAGGUGGACACGGACACGGGGCUGGCAGGACUUUGAGGGCCGCGCUGGGACACGCACGGACACUCCACGUGGCACGGAGAGCCAAAGGGACGCGGGAUUUGCUGCCCGGAGGGACACGAGGGACGCGGGACCCGCUGCCUGGAGAGACACGGGGACACUUGGAUUUGCUGCCUGGGGAGCCAGAGGGACACGGGACCCGCUCCGGGGCUCCCACCCCGGGAACACGCGGGUGACACCCCGGGCCGUCCCACUGUCCCCGUCCCCUUCCGGCUUUGAGCCACUCGAUCCCUGCCCGCGGGGUCCCGGGGGCCGCUUGUUGGGGUCAGUCAAUACAUAC